AUUCUCUGCCCGCUUUCAGGUGACAUGUCAGAAAAGAUUCUUGUGACGGGUGGCGCCGGCUACAUAGGGAGCCACUGUGUGUUGGAGCUGGUGGAGGCUGGCUACACCCCUGUGGUCAUCGAUAACUUCCACAAUGCCAUCCGAGGGGGCAACGCGUUGCCCGAGAGCGUUCGGAGGGUGCAGGAGAUUGUGGGCAAGGAGAUCCCUUUCCAGGAGUUGGAUGUUCUCGACCAGGCAGGCCUCCAGGACCUUUUCCAGAAGCACCGAUUCUCAGCGGUGAUACAUUUUGCGGGUCUCAAAGCCGUCGGAGAGUCCGUCCAGAUCCCGCUGGAAUACUACAAGGUCAACUUGACGGGGACCAUACGGCUCUUGGAGACCAUGAAAGCCCACGGAGUGAAGAACAUUGUGUUCAGCAGUUCGGCCACCGUCUACGGAGACCCGGCCUACCUCCCCCUGGACGAGAAGCACCCGGUCGGCGGCUGCACCAACCCCUACGGCAAGUCUAAGUAUUUCAUAGAAGAGAUGAUCAAGGACCUGUGCAAGGCGGAACCGGACUGGAACGCCAUCCUCUUGCGGUAUUUCAACCCCAUCGGAGCACACAAGUCAGGGAAGAUCGGGGAAGACCCCCAAGGCAUCCCGAACAACUUAAUGCCCUAUGUGGCCCAGGUGGCCGUGGGGCGCAGAGAAUACCUGAACGUAUUUGGGAAUGACUAUAACACUGUGGAUGGGACAGGCGUCCGGGAUUACAUCCACGUGGUGGAUCUUGCCAAGGGGCAUCUUGCGGCUUUGAAAAAGCUCAAGGAGAACUGCGGCUGUAAGAUCUACAAUCUUGGAACCGGCACCGGCUACUCCGUCCUGCAGAUGGUGAAAGCCAUGGAGAAGGCCUCGGGAAGAGAGAUCAAGUACAAGAUCGUUGCUCGCCGAGAGGGGGAUGUGGCCGCCUGCUACGCAAACCCUGGCCUGGCUGAACAGGAGCUGGGCUGGAAAGCGGUCUUUGGCCUGGACCAAAUGUGUGAGGAUUUGUGGAGAUGGCAGUCCCAGAACCCCACGGGCUUCAGCAAGAACUAGCAUCUGGACCUUGGCGCCCCUUCCCAUCACAACGUAGGCACUGUUGCUACACUGGUACACUUCCAAAGGACUGGUUAGCUUCUCACUCAGGAAAGAUGGUGGCUCCCGCUUGUGUUUUCUCAUCCUUUCUCCAUCUCCCCCAUUUGCCCUCUGGCUAUUAUUCUGCUCCUUCUGCCUCCCUUCAGUGCCAGCCCGGCUGAUCCAGAUCAGGGAGCAAGGAACUCAUGCCUUCUGCGUCCCCAAAAAGUGACUUAAGGGCUACCAGAGACUGUAUCACUGCGCAACAUACUUCUCAUCUCUCCAGGGACCAUUUUUGUGCCUCUCUCUCUGCCCCCCCCUUUUUUUCAGACCCCAGCUGCUAGCUCUUUACCAUUCGAGGCUCAGAGGAGAUGGAAGAUGCUGACAGGGAAGGAGAUCGGGGUAUUAAUGUGGCUUAAAACCUGCCCCUGAGGUCUUUAAUCUUGAUCAUUCCAUGGCUUCCUGUUUCUAAAUUAUAAAACUCUUGUUUUUUUAAAAAAUAAUGCUUAUUCAAUGGACAUCUGUUUCGGUUGUGCAGGCUGGUGAGACUGAACAUUUGUGAACAGGACCAGCAAAAAAAUAAAUAAAAACACAACUAGGAUUCUGCAGUAGAGAAAGUUGA